CAACAACAACAACAACAACAACAACAAGGAGGGUCCGGUGGUGUGCGGACGCGGGCAGCGGCAGCGCGACAGCGGCGCACGAGCGAUGUAAUGCCGACAAUGACGACAAUGACGACACCAUCAUCAUCAUCAUCAUCAUCAUCACCACCAGCAGCAGCAGUGCUAUCAGCAGCACCGCAGAUACCGUCGUCUGCAGGAACAGUGACGAUACCAGGGGAAACACAACAACAGCAGCAACAGCAGCAACAACAACAACAGCAGCAGCAGCAGCAGCAAGGGCUCGCACAAGGGUCAGUGAUGACAAUUGUGGUGGACGAUGACGAUGCACCUGCAGUGGUUGUGGAUGGUGGUCACGCCAAGGGUAGUGCGGCUGCUGUGGACGCAACCUCAACGGUGGCAGCCAACAGUGCCACCUCCACCAGUCUGCCAGCACCCAACACGACGACGACCACGGCGACACAUGUUACACCAAUGCCCUCAUCAGCUCCUGUCCCAGCUGCCACCAACGCCGCCACCACCACCACCAUGGUGUAUUCCACGACAACCGCACUCAACCCACUCCCAGUGGCAGGGACGUAUGCUGGAACGGCACCUGUGACUGCGAACGUCAACAACACCGCAGUGAUGAGCACAGUCGCCUACAACGGUUACAAUAGUGGUGCUGCCGUUGCCACCACCAUACCAACACCAGGCUAUGCUGUCACAAACAGUUACUACAGCGCCCCUCCUGCAUCUGCCGCUGUUGCGCUCCCAAUGAACGGCAGCACCAGCAACAGCGCUGGUCCCACCAUGACCGCUAAUUUGACUGCGGCACCUGUUGCCACUGGGCCGUGUAUGUGUGCGGAUUGCAUGCGUGCAUCCAUGGCGGGAAAGACAGCAGCGGGCGUGACGCCAGUGGCAACGUAUACAAACGUAACGGCUGUUUCGUCAACCGUGGCCUCGACAAGUGGGCCCGGUGCAAACACGCCAAUUCCGCCGUCUGUUCAGCUUCUGCGGCAGCAGCAGCAGCAGCAACAGCAGCAACAGCAGCAACAGCAGCAGCAGCAGUCGAAGCCAGCAAUUCAUCCUGCAGUUGCUGCGCAAUAUAGAAAGGCACCUGUGGAGCGAGCACGGCCGCGGGGUCGCGGAGUGUACAAAUUCAUGAAGGACAAGGACCUACGAAAGCUGAUGGCAGAGUGCGAGCUUCCCGCGGGGAAUAGGCAGCUGAUGAUAUCGAGACACCAGGAGUUCACCCUGUUGGCCAACGCGCAGGCAGACUCGCUCAAGCCACUGUCAACGAAAGAGAUUGCAGCUGAAGUGCUUCGGCGGGAAAAGCAGUCACGCACAGCAACGGAGCAUCCAAAGAUGGCGGCGAUGCGGCGGCAGGUGCACGGCCUGUCACCGGCGGAGCAGCAGCACUUUCGACAGCUGAAGAAGGCGGCCAUGGCUCGUAUGAAGAAGCGUCCACGUCGUCCAAAGAAAGGUGUUUGGUUCGCGCAGCGAUACCCGACCGAGUAAUUUCGUGUAAAUUUUCAAAUAAAAUUCCGCA